CAAUGGAUUAGAUUAGUUUAGCUUUAUUUGUCACGUAUACAUUGAAACGCAGUGGAAUGUUUUGUUUUGUGUCACAUCAAAUCAGCCAGGAUUGUGCUGGGCAACUGUCACCAAAGGGAAGGAGGGUGGGAACCUCAGGGAGGUGAUGGGCAGGUAGCGAGAAGGGGUAACUCCGAGUAAAUCCCUCUGCUCUGGGUGUACGAGUAAACAAGUCAGAGACACGAGAGAUUCUGCAAAUGCUGUAAAUCUUGAGCAACACGCACAAAAUGCUGGAGGAAUUCAGCAAGUCAGACAGCAGCUAAGAAAGGGAAUAAGCAGUUGGCGUUUGGACUGAGACGCUUCAUCUAAAUAUGUCCUGACGAAGGCUCCUAACCGAAACGUCGACUGUUUAUCAGCCCACAUGAAUACUGCCUGACUUGCUGAAUUCACGAAGCACGAUUACUCCAUUCAGGUGUAUUCACCGUUCGCGUUUCGAGCAGUGGGUACGGGAGAGGCGUCUCGCCCUCCGUAGAGCGGGCGGCAACCGAAAGGAGUUGGUGCUGAUCGAGCAGCCGUGGCCGGCGGGCUCUCCCCACGCUAGGCCGGGGCGUGACUCGGGCCUCCUCAGCGAAAUGACGUUGGCGCAGCAGACGGCGCUGGCCGUGUGCCUCUUCGUCUGUGCGUUUGUGGUGGUGCCGAGGAUAUUGCUUGGGCCGGGCGGAGGGAAGGAGACGGCGGCGCGGUUGUCGGGAACGGGGCCCCGGAACCCAGGUUCUGGAAGAGGCCACCCAUUGCACACGAAUUCUGAAUCAACUGGUCCCAAAGGACAACCUAAUCUCAGGAUGCAGCAUAUGAGAAAUCAGAAAGAAUUAAAUGCUGACAUGGCUCGAGGCAGAAACAAAGGCUUCAUUUUCCAGUUAUUGCCACUUUACGCAAUAAGCAUAGGUGCGUACGCUGUUUACAAACUCAUGCAGGUAAAGUUCAAAGAGAAUGAAAAAUUAAAUAAUGAAAAAAAGAAAGAGGUUGAAGAUAAAAAGAAAAAUACAGAAAAUCAGCUUUCUGAGCUGGAGGUGCGUUUGGCACAGACUGAGAAAAUGCUGGAGUCGUUAGUGAAAGAGUUGGAUCCACUCACCAGUUGUGUCAAUGCAGUUGCUUCUGGGCAGAAGAAUGAAAUUGCGAUACAGCUUCAGGAAAUAAGAAAACUGAUAAAAGAGAAGCAGAAACCUGAUAUUGAUGAGGAAAUGCUUUCUAUCUGUAAGAAUUUUGAAGGGUUUGUCCAGAAUGCUGCAAAAGAGGCACAGCUGAGUGAAGAUCAGACCUUCCUGGAGAACGGGGAAGAGUUAUUAGAGGACAGUGAUUCAAUAAAUAGCAAAGUGUUUACAUCACCAUUUCUCGAUGAGACUGAGUCUGUGGACAGCACCUCUGGAGAGGACUCUGAGGGAAACUUUGAAGCCCUGGAGGAUCUGCCAGAAACUAAUGGGAUCAUGGAAUUGAGAAAACGCAACAAAGUGAAUGAGUUUGUGAAAUGAGUUGCUGUGUGUCCCUCUUAUUGAUUCAUUUUGGUUUUUAUUUAGAUUGGCAUGUGAUUGCUUUAUUACUAUUUAAAACAGUAAGGUACUACAUAUAUUUUAUUAUCUCUACAAUAUGUACUGAAGUAUAGAAAGUAUCAUCUUGAUCUUUUGUAGCUAACGUUAUUUUCUUGCUUGAGGGUACUGAUGUUUAUAUAUAAAAUUCACUAAUGAAAAUAUGUCAGUAUUUCAUUAUUUAAUCAAUUCAAGUUCUUAUUUGUAAAUUGAGUGUCCAUUGAAUUACCAUGUACAUAAUUGAAAAAACAUAUUAAGAGAGAUGCAAUUGGUAAUAGGCUCUAGCUGGACAAUGAACUCACACUACUCGAUUACACUCAUUUUACUUUAGGACCCAGAAAUGGGACUUGCUGGGGAAAGCGAGUGGGUCAGAUCUAGAAAUUAUGAAUUAGGGUCCAUGCAUACAGGAUCAUUGGUGUUAGGUUUAGAGGCUAGUUGCCAAAACAAAAAGUCUCAAAACAUGGGGAAAUCUGCAACUUUUUGCUGAAGGUGUAGGGAAAGCAGAAAUGUUCAUCAAG